AAUAUCCUAGAUUCUGGGCACAGUGACUGCAGGGAGGUAACAUGGAGAAGCUGUCACUGUAUUUCCUGGUCAUCAUUAGCCUCCUUAGUGCUUUUUCCCAGACAGCAGAUUUGGUGUCAGCGAUGGAAUCCGCAGGGUCCUUCCGAGAUCUUCUGAAACAUGAAACACGGGCGUUGUACCCUCAGACCUUUUGGAGUUCUGUCGUUUUCAGAAGUGCCCUGGAUAUGCACACAAAGGCCUUUGUGUUCCCCAAAGAGUCGGAUAAUUCCUUUGUGACGCUGACUGCACAGCUAACAAAGCCACUUAAGGCCUUCACCGUAUGCCUGCAUAUCUAUACCGAUCUGACCCGCGACUAUAGCCUCUUCUCUUAUGCCACAAGGCAACAAGAUAAUGAGAUCCUCCUCUUCAAGGGAAAGACUGGCGUAUACAGUGUAUCCGUGGGUGGAGCUGAUGUCUUUUUCAAGCCUCCUGAGAGUUCUCCUACACCAAUGCACUUCUGUGUGACCUGGGAGUCUACCUCAGGGAUUACAGAGCUCUGGGUGGAUGGGAAACCCAUGGUUAGGAGGAGUAUGAAGAGGGGAUACUCUUUGGGGACAGAGGCAAGCAUCGUCCUGGGGCAGGAGCAGGAUGCAUUUGCUGGGGGCUUUGAUAAAAACCAGUCUUUGGUGGGAGACAUUGGAGAUGUGAACAUGUGGGACUAUGUGUUAUCACCAGAAGAGAUUAACACUGUCUAUGCUGGUGGGACCUUCAGUCCUAAUGUCCUGGACUGGCGGGCACUGAAGUAUAAAACAUAUGGUGAGGUGUUCGUCAAACGACAGCUAUGGCCCUGA